AACUGAAAUUGUUUAUCUGAACUCGCUCAAAUCUCUUCGCUCCGUUAAACACUGCAACAGCCAACUACCGUCCGCUACAGCACCACCGCUUUCUGCUGCCGCUUGGUUGCUCAAUUCAAAAAGAUAAUUGAAAAUGGAGGAAGAUGAUGAUUAUGUUGAGUAUAUUCCGGUAGCGAAACGCAGAGCCAUGGAAGCUCAAAAAAUCCUACAAAGAAAGGGAAACCCUUCUGCCCUUGUAGAUGAAAAUGAAAAAUCCAAUCUUGCUGAAGUAAAACCUAGUUUACUUAUAAAAGCAACUCAGCUUAAAAAGGACCAACCCGAGAUUAGUCAAAUGGAACAAAUUGUACAACAAGAAAAAGAGAUGAUUGAACAUUUAUCGGAUAGGAAAACACUUAUGUCGGUCCGGGAAUUGGCGAAGGGGAUUACUUAUACUGAACCCUUGUUGACUGGUUGGAAACCACCUUUGCAUAUUCGAAGGAUGUCGAGAAAGGAUAGGGAUUUGAUUCGAAAGCAAUGGCAUAUUAUUGUUGAUGGGGAAGAUAUACCUCCUCCUAUUAAGAACUUUAAGGAUAUGAAGUUUCCGGAUCCGAUAUUGAAGAAAUUGAAGGCUAAGGGGAUUGUGCAGCCGACUCCAAUUCAAGUUCAAGGUCUGCCUGUUAUUUUGUCCGGAAGAGAUAUGAUUGGGAUUGCUUUUACGGGGUCGGGGAAAACGCUUGUGUUUGUGCUUCCAAUGAUCAUGAUUGCAUUGCAGGAGGAGAUGAUGAUGCCGAUACUUCCAGGAGAAGGUCCUUUUGGGUUGAUUGUCUGUCCUUCGAGGGAGCUUGCUAGGCAGACAUAUGAAGUGGUGGAGCAGUUUUUGGUACCUAUGAGGAAACAUGGGUAUCCAGAACUCAGACCGUUGCUUUGUAUUGGUGGCGUCGACAUGAGGUCUCAGUUGGAUGUUGUGAAGAAGGGGGUUCAUAUUGUUGUUGCUACUCCUGGGAGACUGAAGGAUAUGCUUGCCAAGAAGAAGAUGAAUUUAGACAAUUGCAGAUACUUGACAUUGGAUGAAGCAGAUAGACUAGUGGAUUUAGGCUUUGAAGAUGACAUCAGAGAAGUGUUUGACCACUUUAAAGCUCAAAGGCAAACCCUUUUGUUCUCUGCAACCAUGCCUACCAAAAUUCAGAACUUUGCCAGAAAUGCUUUAGUAAAGCCAGUUACUGUUAAUGUUGGAAGAGCAGGAGCUGCAAAUCUUGAUGUGAUUCAGGAGGUCGAGUAUGUGAAGCAAGAGGCAAAGAUUGUUUACCUCCUUGAAUGCCUACAAAAAACCCCUCCUCCUGUUUUAAUAUUUUGUGAGAAUAAGGCUGAUGUCGAUGACAUUCACGAAUAUCUCCUCUUGAAAGGAGUUGAGGCUGUGGCCAUUCAUGGAGGGAAGGACCAAGAAGAGAGAGAGUAUGCCAUCUCAUCCUUUAAAGCUGGCAAGAAGGAUGUCUUAGUUGCAACUGAUGUUGCAUCAAAGGGUUUGGAUUUUCCUGAUAUUCAACAUGUGAUCAAUUAUGAUAUGCCUGCAGAAAUUGAAAACUAUGUCCAUAGAAUAGGACGAACAGGAAGAUGUGGUAAAACAGGAAUUGCAACUACAUUUAUAAACAAGAACCAGAGUGAGACAACCCUGCUUGAUUUGAAGCACCUAUUGCAAGAAGCCAAACAGAGGAUUCCACCCGUCUUAGCUGAGCUCAAUGAUCCAAUGGAUGAUGUAGAUGCGAUCACCAAUGCAAGUGGUGUAAAGGGUUGUGCUUAUUGUGGUGGGCUGGGCCAUCGUAUCCGGGAUUGCCCCAAGUUAGAGCAUCAGAAAAGCAUGGCUAUUGCCAGUUCUAGAAGGGAUUAUUUUGGUUCUGGAGGUUACAGAGGAGAAAUUUGAUUUGUACUUGUCGGUACUCGGAACUCAUUUUGGUUUGUAUCAAACAGAAAGAAUCUGGGGAAGAGGCCACUUUACAUCUUGGGUUGUGGCGCCUUAAUGCAAGUUGUAUUUCUUUCUUUGACGUGAAUUGAUGCAAAGUUCUAUUAAGGGGAAAAUAGAAUCAUGUGCCUGGUUUGUUUGCUAGUGCUUAUUUCAUCUCAUCCAUGGAGAUUUUGUUCAGGGGAAGUGGGAUUUGUUUUUUUUUUUUUUUUUUAAGGUUUGUCUUUAUCUCUGGGGGCUUGUUUUCCAAUAUGAUUAAGAGUGAAUAAUGUUCCGUGAAUCAAAAUUUAAAAUAAGUAUGUGGUCAGGCAAAGAGGAUAAAAUUACCGCUGAGCUUUAGCACAAGUGAUAGGGAAAAGGUGAAAUUUGGAGGGAAAAAUCAGAAUCUUAAUUUGAUGAUAUUGUUACUUCUGGCAUAGAGUUUCUCAAGAUUACAUGAGCACUGAUAGUCCUUUAAAAUGGCAGACAAUAAUAUAAAUCUAAUUACAAUGUAAAUUUAGGAGUGGAUGCGUAACUCUGACCAACAAUCGCUAAUGCAUUGGCCAUGGGAUCUCUGGAACCUGGAUUUUCCAUUAGAACUUUUGACAGACUGCCCGCCGCCUUUCCCCCACCCUGCCCCUGUUUAACAUCGUGUGCAUCAGC